GGACAAACACAAAGUAGCGUCCUUAUAAUUUGCUAUCUCUCUCAUCCUAUUUCAAGUCUUUCUCUAUCUACUUUCCUCAGAAACCCAUCCUCAGAGAUGGCAGACUUGAGUUUUUAUGUCGGAGUCAUAGGGAAUGUUAUAUCGGUGCUUGUCUUCCUCUCCCCUGUGGAGACGUUUUGGAGGAUAGUGCAGCGGAGAUCGACGGAGGAAUACGAGUGUUUUCCGUACAUUUGCACGUUAAUGAGCUCGUCGUUAUGGACAUAUUACGGAAUAGUGACACCUGGUGAAUACUUGGUUUCUACUGUCAAUGGCUUUGGUGCUCUUGCUGAAUCCAUCUACGUUCUCAUUUUCCUCUUCUUUGUCCCCAAAUCCAGAUUCUUGAAAACAGUUGUUGUGGUUCUAGCUUUGAACGUGUGUUUCCCAGUUAUCGCGAUUGCGGGAACAAGAACUCUGUUUGGAGAUGCAAACUCGCGUUCUAGUUCAAUGGGUUUCAUAUGUGCUACUCUCAACAUUAUCAUGUAUGGUUCUCCUCUUUCAGCUAUUGUAAGUCUCUCUUUUUUCUCUUUAUCACACUAUCUUAAUAUCUUAUACACACUUGCUACGAAGGACAAUAAUAUAUACGCUAUACCAAUAACUCUACUUUGCUUGCUUUCAAAAGGUUUGUGGCUGGUUGUCGUAGAAAACUAAAUUUAAAAUAGCUUAUUCAUUUCUCUUACAAUAUAUGCAAAUAUUAAUUAUUGCAUACUAAACGACUAAACUUCUAAAUGAGCCUAUUGGUUUUGUAUUUAAACUGAGGGCCCAAGGACGUUGCUUCAUUAAGCUACCAUGGACCGGUCUUGGGCUGUUAUAUAUUAUAAAUGUUAUAUUUCCUUUCAGCAAUAAGUAAACCAACCACCACUAAAAGAGACAGAAAUUGUAUGGAGAGUGUUUUUCAGCAUGUUUUUAUCCAAAAAAAUAUCAAUGUCAUUGUAUCUAUUAUCACUAUUAGAUGGUCAUUUCGAUGUAUACGCGUUUAUCUAAUUCAUUUUGAUCAUAUCAGAAAACGGUUGUGACGACGAGAAGUGUGCAGUUUAUGCCAUUUUGGUUGUCAUUUUUCCUCUUUCUGAACGGCGCGAUUUGGGGUGUCUACGCUUUACUCCUACACGAUAUGUUUCUACUAGUGCCAAAUGGAAUGGGAUUCUUUCUUGGGAUAAUGCAACUCCUAAUUUAUGCCUAUUACAGAAAUGCCGAACCAAUUGUAGAAGAUGAAGAAGGCCUCAUACCAAAUCAACCUCUCCUCGCUUAACCUCGUCUUUUACCCAUCAAAAUUUCUAAAAUAAUUUAUCCUGACAAACAAAAUAAAUAUUCGAUUCUUUUUUCGGUUGAGUAUUGGUUUUUGACUGUGUCCUAGCUAUUAAAAAAAUUCUCUUUUCUUUUUUUUUUUCUCUCCGGAUAUGACAGUUUUAAGUUUACAUUGCAAACAUUAUUCAAUGAUUACUUUUUGGUCACACUAUGUUUUCUUAAUCGAGAUAUAUGACCAUUAUUGGAAUAA